AUGAACUCAGGCGCAAUAGCUAGACCAACACAGCGUAGCUCUCGCAAUGAGCGCUAUGUCAGCCCCAUCUGGCAGGCAGCUAUUGACAAGUACUUUGAGGAGCUCAGAAAGGAGGGUGUGAAAGAGUCAGCGAUUGAUCAGGAUCUCUGGAGCAUUCACAGCCCCAAUGACCUGCUGCAGCAAAUCCAAGACCUCGCACCUAUGGAUACUUCAUUAUCUGGGAGUUGGAUGGGAUCCCUACGGAGACUGGAGCCAAUACUUCUAAGUCUCAACGAUUUCGCUGCUGUUAUUACACUAGCUCUAGGAAUGAAUGGCCAAGUAGCCGCAGUAAUAUGGGGUUCCAUCAGACUUAUCUUAAAGUUUGCGCAACCAGUCUCCCCCGAACUCCUAGACAUGUUCGAAGAAUUAGGGAGAGCCUUACCCAGGUUUCGCCAAUAUGAGCAGGAACUACCCAUGACACAUUCCCUCGAGGAUGCUUUGCUUAACACGGAGAGUAAAACAGCAGAAACUGUCGAGGCAAUCAAAGACUUGCAGGCUUCUCAGCAUAUUGAGAUGAAACUCCCGUGUUAUAUGAUACCAUAUGGUCUUAACGUUAAGUUCUUUGGUAGAUCUGUGGAAACGGAGGUUUUGAAGAGAAGUCUUCAACCGGAGAGUGAUUUUGAGCGCUUGAAAGUCAUCGCAGUUUAUGGAACAGGAGGCGUUGGAAAGACGCAACUUGCGUUGCAUUAUGCUAACACCUCCAUGGAGUUAUAUGACGUCGUGAUAUGGAUACCCGCCGAAACGCAAAUUAAGGUGACUCAAGCUCUAUCCGAAUUUGCGAAAAAGCUUGGAAUGGGAAAAGCUGAGGCUGGCGAAGAUGAUUAUCCCUCUAUACAGCGAGUGAAAGAUUGGUUAAAUACGUCAAGAAAGACCUUUCUUUUAAUAUUCGACAACGUUGAGCAUCAUGAUCUUCUUGAACAAAUAUGGCCAGCCAGCAAUAGGGGGUCAAUCAUUAUUACCUGUCGGUCACAUUCAGUCGCUUCAAAACGAACGACUGAAGUUAUGCAUCUCCAAUGCUUUUCUGCUCAAACAGGAAUGGAUGUAUUUUAUUCCUUGACGGGUCGACAACCAUCAAGUGAAGCUGAUGCAUUAGCAGCAGAGGAAUUGUUUCAACUUCUUGGUGGUCUACCUCUCGCCAUGGUUCAAUUAAGCGAGUUCAUGACUGAUGGCGAGUUUUCAUAUUGUGAGCUUUUAAAUCUUUUCAAGAAAUCGGCCAAACGAAUACUCGCAAGGCUAGGAGCACCUAUACAAUAUGAACAUACGCUAGGCACGGUUUGGGACGUUUCAUUUGAGCGCCUUUCCACUGAAUCAAGAACCUUAUUGCUUAUUCUCACCUUUUUUGACCCCGAUCUUAUCCCGGAGUCUAUCCUCUCAAACAAAAGGGCGGGUAUCACUGACCCUGCUUUGCAGUUCUUGUUUGAUGAUCUUGAGUAG